CGACACCAAACAUGAGUCAAGUGACAGAGAGACAGUUUACCGCGAAAGGCGCGAGCUCUGCGGCUCCUCAUUAUGAAAUGUAGCGUUAUUGAGUGAAAUGUAAGUGUUUUGAGUGAAAUGUAAAGUUAUUUAGAGAGAGGAGAGAAUGAUGACAAUUGUGCCAGUAUGGAUGGAGUUGUAGUGAUCGCGGUGUGUCUGCUGUUUGGAAGCGCGUCAGCAUCAGGUGAACGACUUAAUGAACCCCAAAAUGUCCACUUCUACUCAAUGGACUUCAGGAACGUGGUCAGAUGGACACCAGGAGAAGGAUUUCCCAAUGGAACCAGCUACACUGUGGAAUAUGCUAUUUACGGUGAUGCAGAAGAGACUAACAGUGAGCAGGUGAGAUGGAGGCCGGUGAAGCAGUGUACUUUCAUCCAACAGACAGAAUGUGAUGUGUCUCAGGAGACGUUUAACCACCUUGACGAAUACUACGCCAGAGUAAAGGCUAUCAGUCCACAGACACAAUCCCUCUGGACAGAGAGCACCAGAUUCAGCCCCAUGACCGACACAAUUCUCGGACCUCCGCUGGUGGAAGUGAAUGUGGUGCAGAACUCCAUCGAUAUCAGUUUGAAGGGUCCCUUCAGGUACAAAACAAAGACAAAGGGAGGAAAAUCCCUAUGGAAAAUCUUCCCACACUUGAUGUAUAAUGUGUCUGUUUACUACACCAAGAGCAAUCACACGACAUUUUAUUCUCUUCAAACAUCUACAUUGAGACUGGGUCCUCUGGAGUUCUCCACACACGUCUGUAUUGUGGUCCAGGUUCAGUCUCAGUCUCUCUAUUUGUCCAGCAAACCCAGCGAGCGCACAUGUGCAGAAACUCCUAAAGAUGUGUUUAAAGAUCAGCUGUUGGCUGCUAUGUUGGGUGGUGUUUUGCCCUCUGCCCUCUGUCUCUGUGUGCUCGCUGUUCUCGGGGGUCUCAUCCACUGUUACAUUACUGAUCACAAACAGAUCAGGCCCGAGAACAUGGAUGUGGUUCAUUUAAGUGAAAAACCUCAAACUUUACAACCUGAACCAACCGUUUUAAGCCUGUUUUUAUUUAUGGGCCAAAAGGAAUCCAAACUUAUCUCAUCUGUAGAUCAGCUGCCGUUAAUGGUUGAAGCAAAGGCACCGUCUCAGCACAUGCCUCAGCCAUGUUAUGCGCAGCAGAACCUGUUAGUGCACGCUGCUUUAGACCAACUGGACGUAUCCUCAGAGACCGAAGGCACAGAUGUGCAGCCGUGGCCGGAGGAACCCCAGAGCGAUGAGGCUGGAGAUUACGGCAUCGUAGUCCGGGGCACAGAUGAAGUGACAGGUCUGCGUGGGACCGAGAUCGACACCUACAGGCCACAAGGCAACACAAUUGAACCGAUACAGACAGAAGAUGAGGACAAUGAAGAAGCGCAGAUAUUUUUGGACUGGGAUCCUGACACCCAUGAACUGAAAAUCCCUCUGGUGAGCCUUUUUGAUGUAGAGGAUGAAGAUAAGACAGACACUGAGAAAGAUGAGAGAGAUGAAGUUAUUCUUCUACCUAACGUCAUCCUGAGACAGUGUUCAGAGGAAAGCUCAGAGCAGGAAGAUGACUUCACCAAGAUGGAGAGAAACUGGGGCCUUAUAAUCCAAAGCAACCCAAAAUAAACUAUACAAAACACCUGACUACUGUACAGUAUGUGUCAGAGACUAUAUACUGUAAAACAGAUAAUAACACUACACACUUCCUUUGUUCUCACAUUGACGGAGAACAGCAAGUUUAUGAAAAUGAAGGAUUUUUAUUUGAAAUGUGAAGUAUAGUAAACUCCUGUUUGAUUAACCCUGCCUUUGGCAGGGCUCAACAUAAAGGACUGCCCGUUGGCCCAGGGCAAGCGUGAGAGACGUUCGGGCCAGUAAAAAGUAUUGUCACUUGCCCGAUCGGGCCAGUGUAUCACCCUCAGUCACUAAAAUAUAUUUUCACCAAUAUAUAUUAUUAAACAUCUUGGAAGCAGACAUUUACUUGGGUAAAACAUAACGAAAGAAAGUUUGCUGUCAGUUUAGAGGUAAAGCAGAAAAGUUUUACGUUGGAACAUGUCUGUUGUAUAUGUAUACAAUUAUAUUUGACUUUUGAAUUAUUAUUUUUAAAUAUGUAAUAGACACUGAAUUUUUUUUAUGGGGGCCAGUGAAAAUUUUGGAAGGGAAACUGAAAACCUGAACCACUGGCCCCAACGGGCCAGUAUAAAAAAUUAUUUGCGUUGAGCCCUGUUUGGUUGUUCAAACAUUUACAAUCAUGGUCAAAAGGAUUGCAAACACUGGCUGUAUUUGGAAAAGCAUUGUCACAUGCCAAAAAGCACGAUACAAAACUAAACUGAAUUUAUUUAGGUUGAACACAAUGUUAUAUAUCAGGUUGUUGUGUUGUUUGGCAAAUGAAAACAGCAUACGGUUACCAUAUAGUUAAUGGCCUUAUUUAUCAUUUAUUCUGAAAAUAUGGACUUUAAAUAUUUGGUCUUUUCUGAUCAUUCUGUAAUGAAUCUAUUGCCGUUUCAGGACUGUUUAGAUUGAGGUUAUAAAAACUAAAUGCUGUAUGCUAAUCGUCAAAGAACUAAAAAAUAAGAAAUUUGUAUUUAAAAUGAAAUGUAUAUAGUAUAAAUUAUUUAUACGUAUGUAUAGUAUACAGUAUAUAAAUAUUAUAUAAAUAUAAAGUUUACUUUUUUAAAGGGCAAAUUAACUUUGACUAAACUAUUACAAUCCUAAAUGUGAAAGAUUUAAUUCAAAUAUUUAUCACUACAAUUAAAACUGUUGUAUUAGAUGAUGAAUGGUUAGUUAUUGAUGUUUCUGUUUAUUUCAGAGAGCUGUGAAUAAUAAUCCAUUAUCUAAAGUCAUUAUACAUACAGUCUUUCUCUCACUUAAUACUCUUUUACAUAUAUAUUUAUUGGCAUGAAUACAUCAUACAGUAUUAAAUCAGUAAAGAAUGAAACCAUGAAUCAGUUUAUCAAUUAAAAUUACUAAAAUCUUCUACAUGAUUCUCUUAUUGUUGUCUCAUUAAUGUCAUUGUUCUUGCUUUAUUAAGUUAUUCUGAAACGUAUGUAUGUAUGUAUCUCAUGUUUCUCAGAAUGAUUUCUGUUGUUCACCUCAGUGAAUGUUUGCCAUCUCUACCACUGGUUGUUGAUGUAAUACAGAUUAUAUGUUGUAGAUUCAGUGUUGAGAUGGUGUAGAUGUAAUGUAUAUGAUAUGUACUGUGCCUUACAGUCGCCAUAUGGUAACAAAAUACAUUUUUUGUCCAUUAAUAUGUUUGAAAUAUAUGCUAAAUAUUUGAAAUUUAUUUAAAGGUUAACCCUUUGA